AUGAUUGCUCUCAUUUCAAUGAUGAUCGUUUCUUUCUUGGCUCCAGAUGUAUCUGCAGUUAUUGGAGGAGAUUUAAAUUGUACCACUUUCAAUGGAUCUGCGUUUGUCUGGACACCUGCAGCAGUUGCCUGCUCGAACUUCAUCUCCGACGCAUCGUGUGCUGUUCUCUACCCAACCACUGAUACCUUGGGAUUCCCAGCUCCUGGAAAUGCUGCUGGAAGACCACUGGCUUGCUACACCACUGGUUCAGUUACACCAGCUGCAGUGAUUCAAGACAUGAAGACUGCCGCUGCGUCCACUUGCCCAAGAACAUGUGGACUCUGCUGUCAAACUGAAGCUUACAACUGCCCUAACGUUGCUUAUCCUCGUCUUAACUGUGCUUCUAUCACUCUUUCUCAAUGUAACUCCCCAGCCUGGAGAACGAUCAUUGCCGCUGAUUGCCCAUCUGCUUGUGGAUUCUGCACCCAAGGUGGAUGCGUCGAUGCUGUCACCAACUGUGGAACUGAUCUGAGCAUCUGCCAAAACAUUGGAAUGCAAAGCUUUGUUAACACUUACUGCCAGAGAACAUGUGGAAGAUGCCCAUCAACGACUGCAUCUGGAAGCGUGACUGUAACAUCCGGAACCUGCACCUCAUACAUCGCUGACAGCUCCUCCAACUGUGCCUCCUGGUCUAGGAACGGAUUCUGCACCAACACCUUCUACACAGUUGCUCAACGCCGAUCCAGAUGUGCCACUACCUGCAGAAUCUGCUAA